UCGGUAGCAAUAGCAAAAUGUCAGAAACUGCAGCGAGGAAGAGAAAAAUGGGAGACAGAAAAGAAACACCUCUUAACAAAUCUACGCCAAAAUGGCCUUCCAUCAAACCCAAAAACAAUCUUCAAAUCACUGCCUUGCGAGAUUUCGAUCUUUUCACGGUUCGCAAUUUUUUCUCCUCUGCUGAAUCAAAGGCGUUCGUUGACACUGCUGAGGGAAUUGGUUUUGCUCAUCAAGGGAGUUUAGGUCCAGCUAAAGGUGAAGCUUACCGAGAUAAUGAUCGAAUCUCGGUGAACGAUUCGGUUCUUGCUGAUUCAAUAUGGAAUUCUGGACUUAACAAGAUGUUUUCUGAUAUCAAAAUUCGUGGGAAAUCGGCUGUAGGUUUGAAUCCAAAUAUUAGAUUGUAUAGAUACAAGGCUGGUCAACGGUUUGGACGACAUAUUGAUGAGAGUGUUGAUCUUGGAGAUGGAAAAAGAACUCGUUAUACUUUGCUAGUUUAUUUAAGCGGUGGACCUGGUGAACUUAAAUCAAAGCAUAAAAAUGAUUCCAGCAAACCUAUAGAUUCAUCUUUUGAACGUUUGGUUGGAGGAGAAACAGUAUUUUAUGGUUCAAGAAAUAGCACUGUUGCUGAGGUUGCUCCCAUUGAAGGGAUGGCACUCUUGCACAUUCAUGGAGAUAAAUGCUUGUUGCAUGAAGCCAGAAACGUUACAAAGGGUGUCAAAUAUGUGUUUCGUUCGGAUGUUGUAUUUGCUUGAAGAAUGGUUCGUGUCUUGUAUGAGAUAACCUGGUUUUGGGGGGCUAGCAUUAGUUUGUACACCUGUAGUCAUUUAUAGAAUGAAGGUGGAUUGGGGUCUGUCAACGCGGAAUGGAAGGCUCGGUUAUAAGAUCUCAACUCUUGAUAAAAAUGAAAGAAGUGUUAAAAUCUUUAUGCGAGUGUAAUAUUUGGAAAACAGUAUUAGAGUACCUUGCUAUUGUGAACAGGUGAACAUUUUUCUUUUAUCAUUCUUCAAAUAACGGGUAUACAAGUAAUCACAUUUAUUUCAAUAUGUAGUAACAAGAUUUUUAUGAUAAACAUUGUAAAUAACUGAAGUGUUGCAAAGACAAAAAAGAAUCAGGGCAAAUUUGUCUCUGAUGUCUCUCAAUUCACAAUCCUGCAAUUUAGUCUCACUUCUCCAUUCUCAAAGCCUCCUAGAUUUCCGAGUUUCAACAUUGAAGCUGCAAAUUCUUUGAAAAACAAACUCUGGUCUCUUGCAAAUGCUUCUACAAUCCAUCUAGUUCUGUAACCACCAACAAGUGACUGAUCGGAAGAAAACACACCUUUUCCAGCCAGUAGUUGUUUGUAAUAGUUAUUAUCAAACACUGAUGCUGUUGAGUCUAGGAAUUGCCCUGCAUUUUGAUUGUUGUUUGGUUUUGGACAUUUCUUUCUUAGGUCUAGUGCAAAUUCAGUGUCCAACCUUGGAUCAAUGGAAUGCAAUGAACUGAAAUUAUGCACACGAGCCUCAAAGGAAGAACAAUGUGAGAAGCCAAGCGUGUGUCCUCCAGAUAAUGUCACCAUAUCUUUAACUCCCAACCCUCUCUUAGCAAAGCUCUGAAUAAGUUGGUCUACAGUCGAGGUUGGGGCCGGUAAGUUGACAGUAUCAGAUGCCUUUGAUACCCUUCCAUCUUUCCGUCCUUUUAGUACAUUCCAAUAUGGACCUCCAGACUGUCAG